AUGGCGUCGUCGGUGACGGGGAUUAGACGGUUUGAUUCAACAAGAUUGGAAUUCUCGGAGGCUGCAGAUUGGACGAUGGUGGAUGUGGCGGUUUUGGACGUUUUCCGGGUGGAUCUGACUUCAAUUUACGGACUUGAGAAGAUCUCUGACAGGUGUGUGGUGGUAAAGUUCUCUGCACCUGCUCCAUAUGAAUGCUUCAAUGACGGGCUUCAGGACCAGUGUGCGGAUACUUGCCAUGCAUUUGACACGUGCUAUUCUGUCUCUGGUCAUGUUCUAAGGCUUCAACUUGAGGAUCUUCUACGAGGGUCGACCUCGCACUUGUUUUCAGUGUGGUUUGCACAGGAGCCUUUUUUCCGUGCAGUUAAGUCCUCUGCUUUGGUAGUUCCUCCGCAGUUGCCCACCGGUCUCCGUUUACGGAUCUGUGGGUAUGCUGACAAUAUGGUGCUGUUCAUGGCAACUGAGAACUGCACUGUGCCUCCACCCCCUCGCUCUCAUGGCACGCUGCGUCCACCCCCUCGCUCUCAUGGCACGCUGCGUCCACCCCCUCGCUCUCAUGGCACGCUGCGUCCACCCCCUCGCUCUCAAGGCACGCUGCGUCCACCCCCUCGCUCUCAUGGCACGCUGCGUCCACCCCCUCGCUAUCAAGGCACGCUGCCUCCACCCCCUCGCUCUCAUGGCACGCUGCCUCCACCCCCUCGCUCUCAUGGCACGCUGCCUCCACCCCCUCGCUCUCAUGGCACGCUGCGUCCACCCCCUCGCUCUCAUGGCACGCUGCGUCCACCCCCUCGCUCUCAUGGCACGCUGCGUCCGCCCCCUCGCUCUCAUGGCACUGUGCGUCCACCCCCUCGCUCUCAUGGCACUGUGCGUCCGCCCCCUCGCUCUCAUGGCACUGUGCGUCCACCCCCUCGCUCUCAUGGCACUGUGCGUCCACCCCCUCGCUCUCAUGGCACUGUGCGUCCACCCCCUCGCUCUCAUGGCACUGUGCGUCCACCCCCUCGCUCUCAUGGCACAGUGCGUCCACCCCCUCGCUCUCAUGGCACGCUGCGUCCACCCCCUCGCUCUCAUGGCACGCUGCGUCCACCCCCUCGCUCUCAUGGCACGCUGCGUCCACCCCCUCGCUCUCAUGGCACUGUGCGUCCGCCCCCUCGCUCUCAUGGCACGCUGCGUCCGCCCCCUCGCUCUCAUGGCACUGUGCGUCCACCCCCUCGCUCUCAUGGCACUGUGCGUCCACCCUGUUGUGUGGACGCAGCGUGGACCUAA